GCAAAGCAGCAGCACAUUCUGGAUAAUCUUUAUAUUUCGACAAGACCAGCGCUACAUUGAGAAGAUGAGGCUUUGUUUUCUCCUCUGCCUGAUGGUUCCUUUGAGCCACAGGCAGAUGCAGGGUCUUCCUGGUGCUAGAGGUGAAACAGGAUUGCCUGGACAACCUGGAGCACCUGGACCAUCUGGACCCAUAGGGCUGAGGGGAGUAACUGGACCACCUGGAUUCCCUGGCCAACGUGGUGAACCUGGACCCGUCACCAUGUGUGGACAAGAUCUUUUUGGUUCUGUCGGACAGGAUGUUGAAAGAUUGAUGAAGAUCAGUGCAAAGAUUGACGUUGCUAUAAGCUUUGACUUUGUGCGGAAGGUGGAUCAGAAAUACUUUGUGUCCAACAAGGAGAGAGGAUCUUUCCUGAAGGCUGUGGAGUUCUGCUCCCAACAAGGCUUAGAGCUGGCUCUGUCCCAGACUGAGGAGGAGAACCGCAUGCUGAUUCAGCUGCUUGGUGAAGCUGAUAAAAUAGCCUGGAUCAACAUUAACAGCAGAAAAGCAGAGGGGAACUUCCAGUCAGACAUGAAAAGUCAACCUCUGACCUUUACUAAAUGGGGAGAAAAACAGCCGGAUCAAACCAUUCAGGAUACCGGCUGCAGCAUGGUAACGGAGAACGGCUCCUGGAGAGUGACACAAGACUGUUCACUGAAUGCUUACAUCAUCUGUCAGUUAUAGAAAGCUCAUCUACCACAGAGCUUCUUAAAUAAUCUAGAAAUGACCUAGUCCUUAAAUGACCUUUAUCUGACAGAACUUAUUGCAGACUUAGUGACAGUAUGGUCUUUCAGCAUUUGCAGAAUCCUAACCAGAUCUAUGCAUUCAGACUGAUUUCAUGACUCAAUCCUUUUCUGUACCUGAUUUGACCAGUUGGAGUCUAUCCACACAGUGUAAAGGAAGCACCACCCUGGACAGGUCGUCAGUGCAUCAGAAGACCAAAUUAAAGACAGAAAAUGUGGAAUAAUUGUCACCUUUUCUUACUGUAAACUGAUGGCAUUGUUUUAUUAUCUGUUUUGUUUUCAUAUUGUUGGGCCUUAAUGAGUGCCCUGAUAAUAUAAUGUUUAAAUAUGCCAUAUCUUUGAUGUAACCAAAAGCCCAGCAAAGGAGCUGCUGGGCUUUUCAUUCUUUAAAUACUCAAUUUGUUAAUACUUAAAUAAACUAAUAAACUAACCAAGCAUCCAA